GUGAAAAAAUUAAGUUAAAAAUAAAAACAAAAAGAAGAAAAUUAUUGUUGUUGUCGAAAAGAAAUUGUUUUGAAGAAAUUUUCGUAUUCGUGAGUUUGUUUAGGGUGGUUUACGGGAGUUGAACUUAAAAAUAAAAUUGCGUUUCCUCGAAAACAUAAAAAAAAAUUUAAAAAAUUUUGAAUGAUAUGAAUAAUUUAUUAAACAAGAAUCUAAAUUUGUAGAAUUGAACAAAAAAAAAAUUGAACUUUCGCGACCGAAAUAAGCUCUUUGAAAAAAAAAAACACGCAAAUAGCUGUUUAUUUAAAUAUCGAUCUUAAUUAAUAAAACUAUAAUGUGUUCAAUUGCCAGACAAAUUUUUAUGCCAAAUAAAUAUAAAGUUUUUGCUUUAGGUUAUGGGGGAAUACCGAAAAAUUUUAUACAUCGUGGCGAUGGGUAUAGAAUGGUAAAUUCGCUAUACACAUCUUCUGUCGUACAUACUCAAAUUGAGAAGAAUCAAACCAAAAGAACGUUUUCUAAUAUCAAUCAUCCUGUUCCAGUAGCAGCUCGGCGAACGGUUUCAAAAGAUGAAAGUCGAGAAUUUAUGGCUGUAUUUCCUGAUCUUGUUCGUGAAAUAAAUGAAUUUCAUGCAUUGCAGACAAAACAAACAAAAAUUGUGUCUAAAUGGUUUACAAAGGUCUUACAAUAUAAUGUUCCGAAUGGAAAGAAAAAUCGUGGUUUAUUAACGGUUUUAACUUACAAAGAACUUGUAGAUAAAAGUCAAUUAACAGAAGAAAAUAUUCGAUUAGCACAAUAUCUUGGAUGGUGCGUGGAAUUGCUGCAAAGCUUUCUGUUAGUUCUUGACGACAUUCAAGACGAAAGCGAAACUAGACGGGGUCAACCUUGUUGGUACAAAUUGGAAAACGUUGGAAAAAUUGCAAUUAAUGAUGGAAUUAUGUUGGAGAGUACAAUAUUUUAUACCCUUAAAAAGCAUUUUAGUGAUAAAAGUUACUAUAUGGAUUUAGUAGAAUUAUUCCAUGAAGUAAUUUUUAUAACCAUCAUUGGGCAAGCUUUAGACUUACAAACGGCUACAAGUAAAAGCAUUUUGGAUUUUUCCAUGGAGAAAUAUAGAACGUUAGUGGCAAAUAAAACAUCGUACUACACUUUUUAUCUUCCUUUCGCAUUAGCUAUGCAAAUGGCAGGUUUUAAAGAUCCUGAAGCAUUUAGGCAAGCUAAGACCAUAUUGUUGGAAAUGGGACAAUUUUAUCAGAUUCAAGACGACUUUUUGGAUUGCUUUGGAGAUCCCGCGAUAACUGGGAAGGUUGGAACUGAUAUUCAAGAUCGCAAAUGUUCAUGGUUGGCUGUUGUAUGCUUACAGAGAUGUAAUGAAGCCCAGAAAAAUAUAAUGCUAGAGUGUUAUGGUCACAACGACCCUGAAAAGAUUGAGCGAGUAAAAGAAUUGUACAAAGAACUUGGUUUACCAAGUACAUAUGCAAUAUAUGAAGAAGAUUCAUAUAACAUGAUAAAAACGCACAUACAACAAACAUCACGCGGUGUUCCACAUCAGACAUUUAUUAAAAUAUUGGAUAAAAUAUAUCAAAGAGAUUCAUAAAGAAAGUAAAUGUCAAUUUUGUUAUUGACUUCUUUUUUGUUUUUUACUAAUGCCUGAUUCUUUUAAUAGUAAGAAGUAUAAGUAUUCGUAAGUGUUAAAUUUUAAUUAAUACUCUAAUUGAGAGGAUACAGUCAUAUUUUUUUUUUCGUAAAUACAAACUUUUUUACAAUAAAAAUUGGGUUCAUAACAAAAAAUAAACACUAAAAUUUAAUUAAA